GGUAGCUCCAAGGCUUUAUUGACAAUAAUAAUCUUUUAAUUGGGCAUUUGCAAGAUUGAAGGACAAAUCCUUAACUGUCAGAAUCAAUUUGUUCGCCUUCGGAUUUAAAGAAAGUCAUUACACUUGGCAAUCACCAGCAGAAAAAAAAACCCACAAAAACAAACAAACAAACAAACAAACAAAAAAGACCCUUGCUCUCCACCAUCCCAAGUCUGCACUCCUUACUAAUUUAAAAAUUAAAUAAAGCACGCCUUUAUCAUCUCCAGGUUCAUUAACGAUUCCUUUACCUUUCAGUCAUUCCCAGUAGAAAUAAUUGAGUCAGACAUUAUCACCUUGCUAUGUCAGUCUAUCUCGAUCUCAUUUUCUCCAUUUGUAAAAAUGAUAUUUCAGUCCACCCGGACACAAGUCAGGAUCGCGCUCGCAGGCUGGGCCAACCCACAAGGGGAGAGGGGUAGCUGAAAUCACUCGCCAGCCUGCGGCAUCUCUGAGGCGGUCUGGGGCUUUCGGAAAUUUGCAUUUGGUGUGGAAAGCCGGCGUGGUGCGUUUAGCUUGAGCAGGGGCGCCUUGGAGGUCUGUUUCCAAGGCUGUGGGCCUGGCGCCCUCAGGAUAUUGUACCUAUCCCGAAGGAAACGUGGCGCAGUCACCCAAAGAACCCACGAAAAAGGCCGAGCAGGAGAGGGGAAAACACACACAUAACAGAGAACCAUUGCAUUUAUUGGACAUUGAAACGGGAGCAGAGAGGGAAGGGAAGUGUGUGGGGAGGCGGCUGGUAGGUAGGGUAAAGCCAGACAGCUUUGGAGAGAGCUGCUAAAAUCAGGAAUAUUUUGUCGAUUCACACUCGACUGGGCCACAUGACUCGGGCUACUUUUCUUCAUCUCUGCUCACAAACUAGCCUGAGCCUUCCCUUUCUCUGCUUUGGGAAAAAUUCGUAACUUUGAGGCCUGCGGCUCUCUCGGCAGUAAUUUCACAGGCUUGGCGGAGGAACUAGGAUCAUUAGCAGAAGAUGGGCCGCCUGCAGCUGCCUGGAACCGGUGCAAUCUGAACGCCGGCUGGGAGGCUCCUGGGGGUAUCUCGCUGGCGUCUGCCCCCAGCGCUCCUCCGGGAACCGCAGCCGGCCCUGGUUCGCUGCGCGCCGGGGCCGAGACCCGGGAGCCGCGUCCUGCCCGAGGAAAUGUCACCCUCCCCAGCGCGAGCCCUUUUUCCCGCCUCAGAAUGUUUGUCCGCUCUUCUAUUUACUCGCUCAGCAAGCCUAAUGCCCCUUCCUGCAUUCUUCAGCCUCCCCCUGCGCCCAUUGCUGACGUCUAUCGAGGGUGAAAUGAUGGAAACUAUAUUCAUGGGCAUGAUUUCCAUUAAAUAUCAAUUAACCUGAGAGCCUCGGCCAGGCUUGCGGUACGUCAAGGGUAAAUGUACAUCUCAUUUCCACAGGGCCCACUCGGCUGGAAAAGAAGGGCUUUGAUUUGCUUUGAUAACGCCAGGAUCUGGGGCCACACUCGCGGCUUUUAAUCAAACCACUUCGAUAUGCCCCAAGUCAAAUGCACGGUCUGGUCCUUCAACACCUCUUGUCCACGUUCCCUGGGCUGCACCCAAGUGUCAAGAGCUGCAAAAGCCACGGGCAACCUCUGCUGGGCUAAACCCAGGGGCUCGGGGAGGGAGUCAUUUGCUCCGCAGCCUCCUGGGAGUGGCCUCCUUGCCUCCCCCAAGUCUAAGGCUCCGCUGCAGCCCCUCCCUGCCGGUUGCGGCCCGCGUUCCCGCGGCCCCGGGGCACACAGAGCCCUUGGCAGUGCGUCUUUAUGGGCCCCCUUUAAGGCCGGCGGAGGCAUCUCGGGCCGGGCGCGGCGCUCCGUCCGUCGGCAGUAGCGGUCGAACUGCGCGCGGAUCCCUCCGCGGGGCUCCUCGCCUCCGUCACGCUGCCUCUCCGUGCAGUGCUGUGGUGCGAAAAUGCCUCGUUGGUGCGCACCGGGGCGGCAGCCUCGGCGGCGGGGGCGAGAGCGGCGGGAGGGGGGCCCGGGGGGGGCGCGGUAAGAGGUGGCGGCGGACAGAGGGUGUUUUUUUUUCUUUUCUCUCCAGAGCGGGGGUUUGUAAACCGAGACCAGAGUGUCCCCGUGGGCCGGGCGCACUUUUUUCUUGUCCGGGUGCGCUCAGGCAGUUUUGGUGCCUGAGAGGAAACAGUGGAGGCAGCGGGGCAGGUCGCCCGGGGCGUCGGCGAUUAUAUUGCGGCCGAGCCGGGGCGCGCCGGGAAAGGCCGGGAGGGCGGCGGCGCGCGGGGGUUGGGCGAGGCCUUGCGACCCGCGAGGGAGGCGGCGCGAAGCCGAGUCUGGGGCGCAAGAGCCGGGCAUGAGCGCCCAGUAGCUGAGCGCCCGCGGCUGCCCGGCCUCAGAAGCGACGGUCGAGCGCGGGCGGGCGGCAGCAGCGACGUAGCCCGGCGGCCCUGGCGGCGUGAGCAGCCGCCCCAGAGGCCCCCGCGGCAGUGCGGCCGAGUCGAGGCUCGCUCCCUGCCUGCUUAGCGCCGCCCGCCUGCCCCGGGCCGCCGCCGCCGCCGCCCCAAUGAGUUCGUACUUCGUGAACCCGUUGUACUCCAAGUACAAGGCGGCCGCGGCGGCGGCGGCGGGCGAGGCCAUCAAUCCCACUUACUACGACUGUCACUUCGCGCCCGAGGUCGGCGGCCGUCAUGCCGCCGCCGCAGCAGCCCUGCAGCUCUAUGGCAACAGUGCAGCCGGCUUCCCGCACGCGCACCCGCAGGCGCACGCGCACCCGCACCCGCACCCGUCCCCGCCGCCCUCCGGGCCGGGGUGCGGCGGUGGGGGCGGCCCGGGCCAGGACUACUUCCACCCCGGCGGGGGCAGCCCGGCCGCUGCCUACCAGGCUGCCCCCCCUCCUCCUCCGCAUCCUCCGCCUCCGCCGCCGCCUCCCCCCUGCGGCGGGAUUGCCUGUCACGGGGAGCCCGCGAAGUUUUACGGAUACGAUAACUUACAGAGACAGCCGAUUUUUACGACCCAGCAAGAGGCCGAGCUGGUACAAUAUCCUGACUGUAAAUCGUCCAGUGGUAAUAUUGGCGAGGACCCAGACCACUUAAAUCAGAGCUCGUCUCCUUCUCAAAUGUUUCCCUGGAUGAGACCACAAGCAGCUCCUGGUAGACGAAGAGGAAGACAAACCUACAGUCGCUUCCAAACUCUAGAGUUGGAAAAGGAAUUUCUUUUUAACCCCUAUCUGACCAGAAAAAGAAGAAUCGAGGUUUCCCACGCCCUAGCCCUCACCGAGAGACAGGUAAAAAUCUGGUUCCAAAACAGGAGAAUGAAAUGGAAAAAGGAAAACAACAAGGACAAAUUUCCCGUUUCCCGGCAGGAGGUAAAGGACGGGGAAACGAAAAAGGAAGCCCAAGAGCUGGAGGAAGACAGAGCAGAAGGCCCGACAAAUUAACUUCUACCUUUAAAAUUUUACCACAGACUAUUAAAACUAAUGAUCACCAUAUGCUGUGGACACCACCUAUUUUCUUUGUUGGAAAGGACCUUACCUGUGUUUCAAGCUACCUUCAUGUCACUGCUCUUGAGGCUUCUGCGCUUUGAGAGGGAUCUGAGUGUUUAAAAAAGUUUCUAGUAUCACAUAGAAGCAGUCCUUGAGCUGUCCUAUGGAAGGGUAAUUUGAUACUGACCUUGUAGCUAUAUUUUUAUAAUGGUUUUUAAUGUCUGAGCUGGUGAUUUGCCUGAACAACGUAAACUUCCUAAUGAUUAGCACUUAAUAAUUGAAUAUAAAAUGCUUUAUUAAUCAAACAAGUGCACUUGAACAUUUUAAUCUUUGUGGUGAGUAAAUUAAAAGGAGUCUAUUAAUUUGUUUAAAAAAUUAUGUCUGCAGAAUACUUUAUAUUAUUUGAUUAUAAUGUAUUAUUUAUGGAUUUUUUUUCUUCUUUUAUAAUGAAUGGUUCGGGUGCGUUUUGUUUACUCCUAAAAGGUUUCUGUGCGUAUUUUCUAAAUGUUGUAUCUCGGGGAAAAGGCUGGGCUAAACAUUCGAAAAGCACAUAUUAGCUGAAGAGUGUAACGUAUAGUCCAGCUCUGCAGCUUCCUUAAACUUAAGGAAAAGAUUGGGCCAGUGACAGGAGUUUAAAGGCAAUGUCCAAGGUGACAAUUAUUUUUCUAUAGUCCAUACAAAUUAAAUAAUCUGGCAAUUCUGGCAAAUCGCCUUGUAAAAUGCGUCUCAUUUUUUAACUUGCUUUCGUUUUGAACCGCCCCUGAAAUCGCCUGAAAUCGCUAGUUCUUUAUGCAGUGGCUGCCGCUGUGUUCCGUUAUUUUCAGUAGGUGCCAUAUUUAUUUGUAUUGCCUUCGUUUUGUUCGCCGCCGGUUUUAAACUAGCUUGCUGUGCGCAUCUUAGACGUCUGUUGGUACGUCCUCCGCUGUUCUUCAGGAAAGCGAUAGCCUUACCUAUUUGAAACAAGCCCUGAGAGGAAACGCAGAAAAACCUGAGUGUAAACAACUCCAGAAUGUCGCUAGCUCCUUAAUAAAUAAAUGAAUCUCUUUCUGGAGUUAGUGUCUUUGAGCGCGGCAAAUACCCCUUUUCCGUGAAUCACUAACAGUCGCCUCAGGACUCACUCAAGGCUUCUGUUUAAUAAGAAAGGGGUGGGGUUACACACAUUCUGCGCUGUUAAAAAAAAAAAAAAA